CAAACAACGUCUCCCAGAAGAUGUUGAACGGCAACUUAGCCAGUUGUUGCCCCCACCAAGAGAAUACUAUGCCGGAUUCAUUCGGCAUCCUAUGAGGCACAGACCGGGGCACGUGCUAGUGCAUCUCGAUGCCCUGACUGCUGGACUUCGGUUCCCUCUCCACUCAUUCAUAGUGAAGUUCUUACGCCGGGUUGCUGUACUGCCCGCUCAGUUCGUGCCCAGCACCUACCGGAUUCUGACAGGCUUCAUUAUCCGGUGCCACGAGUUGAGGAUCACCCCGAGCGUCGAUCUAUUUCUUUAUCAUUACUGCUAUCAGCCGUACUGGACGACCGGGUACUUGAAGCUGGUAGCCCGUUCUGACCGUCAGCUGUUCACAGAGAACGUUACCCCGCAGGCUGACUGGGAAGAGCGGUUUUUGUUCGUUCGAGUAGGUGAUUCUUUGCCAUUCCCGGACCGGUGGAACGCAUAUCCCGUCCGGGAUUCCCUGCCCAGGGUGGAUGCCGUUCUACGCUCCCAGGCUGAGUCUCUGCGAAUGGGAGGGACCAGAAGUCUUCGCAGCUUUGUCACUGCCUCGAGCAUGUUAUCUGCUGGAAUUGGUAAGCAUAGUAGGGUUUUAACCCGAUCAUCCUUCGCUCUCGCAAUUCAACUUUCUUAUUUUUUAUUUCUCUUUCUUGUAGGUGUGAUCUCUCCCAUACCCGUCCGGCGUUCCAUCUCUUCUGCUAAAGGGAAAGAGAAGAUGAUAGCCGAUCGUGAUUCGGCGGGGCAAACCCGAAAAAAGCGCAAAGGAAAUGAUGGCGAUCAUCUGAUCCCGAUCGACCAUGUGGUUGACUUGACCGGGCCGGAGGUUGAGCCCAAAGGUUCAGUACCUGCCAACAGACCAACUCCGGUUCUUACUGCCACACCGAUCGAUGAUCGGAUGUUUGUUGAGUUCUCAAAUAUGGGGCCCAGAUCGGAAGGGAGGUAUCUGUUCGGGUUGAUGCCAUCUUCUAUGUGGUGUCAUACCGCGAUCAAAGUUCCCCCGAGCUUCACUAACUUGACUCACUGGUCGGACCUUUUUGAAGCAGGUCACCAGGAAGCACUUAAGGCUGGCGUGUAUUAUCACAAAGCCUUUCUUGCCGCGGAGAAGGAGAUGAAAGCCCUGGCCAGUGAUCGGGAUGACAUCCAGGUCCUCCUCUCCGCCGCUCGGAAGUUAGCGACCGACCUCCAAGAGCAGGCCAAAGAGGGUGAGAAGGCAAAAGCUGCUUUGGCCGAGAUGCAGGAGAUGACCCGUCGUCGCGAUCGGGAGCUCAAAGAACUCCGGGCCAAGGUGCGGGCUGCUGAAUCUGCUGGCAUUAAAUUUGAUAAGGCUGUCGGAGAUCAUCUGCCCGAACCCUACACGGUCAAUACCUCUCAGAUUGCUCAGCAAUCGGUAGUGGAUUUCCAACGGGGCAAGGCGCUGAACCUCGCUCCGGAGAAUACGGCCCGGCAAUUCCUAGGUCCUCACCUUGGCCAAUUUUUGCGUGAGAGCUCAGAUCCCAUCAAGGCAGGGAUCGACCUCCUGGAUAGCACGCCGGAAGAGAAAUCUUUCUUGGAUGUCCUGACCGAGAAAACUGUUAAGCAAAGUCAGGACCUGCUUCUGGAUAGGAAUCUUGAACUGAUCUUAGAGCGUUUCCCCAAGCCGUUCGAU